AUGUCUCUGGAAGACUCGUAUUACUUGCCUACUACGCCUCCUGGUGUGGCUAGACUACACUUCGUGGAUAGUGCGCAUAGCCGCAAUAAUUCAGGCUCAUCCAACCAUUCACAGGGCUCAUCUCCUGACUCUGUCUUGACAUGCGUGACCACUCCAAGCAUAUCACCCAACCACCAACACGGACCUCAGAUCUUGCCCAAGAUUCGGACGCAAGAUGUUGUUGUCGAGCCGGUCUCCAACGUUGGGCCUCGUCGUCACCGACGUGUCUUGUCCAACACUCGCAACCCCCCAGGAUUCAUGCCAUAUCCCACUAGCCGGCCUUCUUCUCUAUCACGAAACGUGAUCGAUGCUUCUGAUUGCAACGGGCUCAUCUCACCCAUCUCCCCAGCCUCGGUGCAGAACCAGACACCUGUAUCUGGCUUGUCAUCACCUAUUGCCUUGACCGCAUCCGCUAAACGUAAGAAUGCCUCUGGCCAUUCUCGCUCUGGCUCUGCUUCUAGCAUCGACGAGGCCACUUUGUCUCGAUAUGGCUAUCCAACAUACAGACAGCUUCCAAAGUAUGUCUCUCAUUCAGAUGCCUCCCCUGUUAGCCCUGUUGAUCCCGCCUCUUUUGUCUUCCCUACAUAUGGACAAGUUCCUCCGGUGCGGAUGCUUCGUCCAAUCAACCUCCCAUCACAAGCCACAUAUGCCGCCAUGCCAUCACCUCAGUACGAUUAUCUCCGCGUUCACAGCGCUCAGCCGUCCCCAGUGGGUGGCUUUCUGACACCAACCAUGCCCUCGCCAUCAUCAACCACCUUGCUUACCUAUCUAACUGACCCUACCCCUGCUGUCAACUUGGUCCGCACCGUUAACUACGGUCCCACCCGCGGCCUUCACGACUACUUUUGGUGGGAUAUUCGCCAAUUACGAAGCUGGUCAUCUUUCUCCCCUUCCACGUUCAACGAGAUCUACGGCCUCACCCAGCUUCUAAAAACCCCAAUCUCAGGUCACUUAACCCCACAACCAUUGAUCCCCUCCUCCCGCCUAUCCCCAGAAUCCGAAAACUCCCUGAUCAGCCUUGUCGGAGACAUCUACGCACCACGCGUGAAUGCAGCUCUGCGAGUCUCUCAAGGAUCAGACCACAUGAGACUCUACGUUGCCCCCGAUUCCAUCUCCCCUAACAGCCGAAGCGUCGCCAACGGCCCUCACUUCCUUGCCAACUACACUUCCGACACAGAACAAACCUCCACCGGCUCCCCACGCGGUCGCGUGGUCGGAAUCGCCAAGAGCUUCGAUCGGUGGAACACGGCUAUGCGCAACGAGCCCCCGCACCGCAGGGUAGAAUACCUCAAGGGCCUCGCCCAUCUCCAGCGUUGCAUGCGCGAGCACUCCUGCCGAUACGGCUUCAUCAUUACUGAGAUCGAACUCGUCUGCGUGCGCGCUGGCUGCGAUGACGGUGACGAUGUGCCUUAUUUCGGCUACUUCGAACUCUCAUCCCCCAUCGCUACCAAGGAGUCCUCCACGACCACCGCCUCACGCGCAGUCACGCCUGGCUCAGAUGGGCAUUCGCGCAGCGUCUCCCCAUCUAACUUCCUAGACGAUGCUUCGCACGGCCUGGGGGUUCCCAUGACCGCCACAUUAGCCCUUUACUUCCUCCUGAUGCUAUCCAAGGCCGUACCACUCCCUUCCCAACCAUCCGGCCAUCUGAACGUCGGCGGCCUCGGCGCGCUGAGUCGGCAACGCAUCCUCUCUGAUCCGAAGGACAUAUGGAUCCCCGAGCCGCAACUCGGCGAGAAACGCGAAGCGAAGCGAGUUCGCGGCUGGAUCUGGCCGCAAGAUGCGUGGCAUCGCCGAGAAGGCGCUCGUCCGAAAAGCGACGCGAAAUCGAAACGAUUACGCAAGUAA